AUUGUGCAAUCGAAAUCCUGCACACAUCACAUAAAUUCCUUCCAUUCGCGAAUACAAGACCCAUUCCUAUUGGCUAUUGUUGACCCAACCUCCAUCAAGGAAGAGAUCCUUGAUGUGACUGGCGAGCAUGUGGAGCAGCUCCAUUCAAUGUGGUCCCUCAUGUUCGAGCUGAAGACAUGCGAGGACUUUCUGCACAAACUCAAGGCGCACGCGGAUAAUUUCUAUACGGAUCUUCUGACCGAGUCGCGGGAGAAGCAGGCGGCCAUCCUGGAUGACAUAGCCGCACUCCGAGCCGAGGCCAGCGACCUCACCCGACUCCUCCAUGAGACGGUGGACAUUGGUCAGAGGCCCGACGAUGUGCCACUGAUCAUAUGGCAGCUGAAGCUGGACAAAAGCAUUGAGCAUCUGCGCGAGGAGCUCUCGAAACGUCGGGCGGAGAUCGGGGAGCUGCUGCUCCAGCAGGAGCAGCUCUGCGAAGAGCUGGGCGCACUGCCGCUCCCUCUACUGGCGGACCCGCUGCCCCUGCCCGAUGAGAUGGACGGCUUUCGCGACCAUCUCGACAACCUGCGCUCUCAGCGCGCAGUGCGCCAGACGGAGCUGGACCAGCUGCGCAAGGCCAUCAAGCAUGACAUGAAGAUGCUCGAGCUGAUGCCCCAGACCGAUGCAGAGGAUCGCCUACUGAACGAUCUGAGCCACAAUCUAACACCAGAGACACUAGAGCGGCUGCGGCAGAUGCGCAACAGUUAUGCCGAGCAGAUCCAGGAGCUGCGCUCUAAAAUCCAUGACAUGCGCGAGAAGAUCUACGUGCUGUGUGAUCGCCUCCAGGAGACGGACGAGAGCGCCAUGCGACGAGUGCGCGAGUGCACCGAGAAUACGCAGCGCACCUAUGACAUCCUCCAUUCGGAGCUGCAGCGCUGCCAGGCACUGCGCAGCCAGAACCUCAAGACGUUCAUCGAGCAGCUGCGCGUCGAGAUAAGCAAGUGGUGGGAUCUAACGCUCAAGAGCCAGCAGGAGCGCAAGCGUUUCUCCAACUACUACAAUAAGUAUUACAACGAAGACCUGUUGGAGCUGCACGAGCUGGAGCUGGAUGAUCUGAAGAGCUUCUACACGUGCAACAAGGAGAUUUUCGAUCUGUACGAGAGCCGUGCAGAACUUUGGUCCCGCAUGCAGGCUCUAGAGGCAAAGGCCAACGAGCCGAAUCGUUUCAAAAAUCGUGGCGGCCAGCUCCUUAAAGAGGAAAAGGAACGCAAGGCCAUCUCGAAGCUGCCCAAGAUUGAGCAGCAGAUCACUGAACUGGUGCACGCCUAUGAGGUGCAAUCGCAUGGCCCGUUUCUGGUUUAUGGCGAGAACAUACUGGAGCUGAUGGCUGGCGAAUGGGAGAACUAUCGGCAGGCCAAGCAGAGCUCGGCCCGC